AUGCAUAUUAGGCGAUGGGCUACCAUGCACAUGGAGGGGGAUGAACGUGAACAAUUUCUUCGGCAGGUAUGGAGGCCUACAAUAGAGGUUUCUAUUGUUCUUAUCAAUCUGCCCCGACUCGAGGUGGGUUCACUCGCUUCUGUUUUUCCGAACGAGUCGUCGUCUACGGUGGGGUGUGGGAAUGACCUACACGGAGAUUAUCCGCCGUUGUUUCCUGCGGAUGCCCUCCCUUUCCCCGCUUUAGAGUGUGGUGCCUCGAAUGACACUUCUAGCUAUCACAUGAUGGUUCCGCUCAUGAUGAGGUGUGAUGCAGUGAUGUUAUUACAGGAUAAAACUUUUUCGUCACGUUUGGAAGGAAAAUUGAGAGAGUACGAAGAGGCCUGUCGAUUGCGUCUUGUUGGUGAAUGGCCUGAUCGAUCAUUAUUUGCAUCCAUAGAGCAUCUCGUUCGUUUGUUACCAGAACGAUCGCCGCAGUGCACAAGUCUCAUUUUACUUAGUAAUGCGAAUCCUUGGUCAAACGAUAGCGUUUCGCUUCUAGAGAGCUCUGUCAGAAGAAAGAACAUCAUAUUGUCAAUCCUGUUUUUGAGCGAAGCAACAUCUCAUGACUUUCACACAAGCCCGCUUUCACAGUUCCUGUCAACCGUGGGCGGAUUCGGUGUGCACCUCGACCAUUGGCUCUCGCUGGCAUCCCCACGACUAAAUAUAGACUGGUGUCGUCGAUUUGGAGGGCCGCGUUGUUUGGCUCAACAGUUGUUUGUGCAGAUGGAGGCUAAGUUUCCCGUUCGAUUUAAUCGCAUUUCACAGAAUAUGCCUACCACGAGUGUGGAAAGAGCGUGUGAUCCUUGUAUUCUAUACAACACCGACAGUGGUCUUAGUGACUUUGCCCUCCGCCGUGUCGGCGACGUGAUUUCUACUCUCCGCUGUGUGGCGGAGGCGCGAUUCAAUCAAGGGUGGAGUGUAGUCAUGAACCAGGACGUAGAAAAUCACCACGUCGCCCAGCUUCAUGCGCGGUAUCAGCAUCAUCUACGACGGGGAAAAAUCAUUAUUUCGUAUGAGAUGGAGAUAAGCUAUCCAGUAGUCUACCGUUGUGUAACUGUCUCUGGCACGAAAGUUUUGGUGGACCAGUUUGUGAAGGCAAAGGGUGAGGACAGAGCCGUUAUCGGAACGAUGACAGAAGCCAAGACUGGCUGGCUAACAUACCUAAUUAUUUUGCGAUCUCAAUUACACAGCUGGAUGCGUGCAGAACAGGCUGCUUUACAAUGCCUUCUGGCUGCUGAGCACCCCAGAUCAUCUUUGCUUGAGGAACUGCAGUGGCUCUCCAGCCGUGAGGGAGUGUCUGCCGGGUGGUCAUCGCACUGUAGCGUUCGUUCUGUAGGAUUAUUUUUUAGGUGGGAGGGUGGCGUGCUGCAGCUACUUGACCCGUGCAACAAAAUACAGAGCACCAGUGUGCCCUCUGUUGCAGCGUUAGGCGUGCGUGUCCUUCAAGCUGCGUUGGGGAAAAGGCAUCGCACCUUGGGCCGUGAGGAGAGCGACACAUUUGUUUCUGUGGAUAAUGAAGGCGCCUGCCCCCGCUAUGUUGUUCAAGUGUUUUUGCUGGAUGAUGCCUUUGCUAGCGGCCACGAAGGAUUUCUUGCUGCAGGACUAGAGUGCCGUUUCAGUUUCCUUCUAUCAAGCAUUGACGAGGAAGUACGAAUUAUUUCGGAGAUUAUUGCGGGUGUACAGGAAGCGGUUUCAGCCUCAAAAAAAGUAAUUGUUGGCGGAAAGACAGAACUUCGCCUUGUCGUAGAGGUCAACGUCGAUGCCACAAACGAGCGUGCCCUUCACCUGACUUCUUCCAAUGUAUCACCGCGGAGGUUAGAUUUGCUUGCUAUGUACAGUGAGCCGUCGCCAAGCAGUUUCAGAACUACCCUAAGUGGUGUGACGAACCGUAAGGCUGUUCUACUUUAUCCCCUCUUGAAGGUGCCACCAGGUAAGAGGAUUCGAACUGUUCAACAACUUACCUUUCGCUGCUUCUUGACGCCUUAUUUGGUGAAUCCAUGGGUACUGUCCGACGCUCUUGUUUUUCAUUGGGCUAUUGGGGCAUCAGAGAUGUGGAGGACUUUCGCAAAGCCUGCCUUUAACUUUUUUCUUACACGCCGUAUUCGAGACGGAUUUAGGUUACUGCAUUGCCUGACUCAACGUAAAGCGAUUCUUCAUGCUACACGGCUCUGUGAUGGGCAUCAUGUAGUGGAUGUGUUUGACGUGAUCGAGGCCCCCCUGGAGAAUGGCGACGUGGGCCUGACUGCACAAGUAAUCAUUUACAGGUACGUGCGCCCAUUUGAGUUUGCUCUCUCCUCUUCUUAUCGACAGCAGCUGACUGCAGAUAUAUCGGAAGACAUCAGGGUUGCCACGGUGCUUCACACAUUUUCAGUGCUUUCUUCUGUGGCGCUACCAACAUCACCCCAACAUUCAUUGCCUACGAAGGAGGGUAAGCGUGGACUUGUGCAGCUCGCUCCACGACUUGAAUCUCUUCUUCCUUUCUUGUCGGCUAGCCAUGCCCACCCCAUCACGUUGCAUUCCCUUCCCUCUAUGGGAGAGGAGGGUGAAGACGAUCUUCGAGAGACAAUAGGCCGCUUUGUAUCUUCUUUGGGAGACCGUUCCGCAACGGUUAGUGCAAAUGCUGUAGACGAGAGCCUGCUAAGGAAGCUGUAUGGCACAGACGAAGGAGUGGACACCACAAUAGAAAAAAUGCGGGAUAGCCAGCUUUUUUUCUCCAUGCUAAUGCCGCUACAAUGCAGCUGUGCGACCUUUCUCCUCAUGCCUCGCGUUAGCAAGGGCGCGAUAUCAGAGAAAAUGAGGGGAGUAACUCUCCACGUCCUUUCAAUGGAUACAUCGGCUCUCUAUAAAGGUGUGAUGCGACUCUACAGUCGUCCAGGUACAGAGGAAAUGGAUGAUGAUGGAUCACCUAACUGUUCACACACCUCUCUCCUCGAGGCUCUUACUAAAUUGCUCACUUCCUUCAGCUCGCUCUACCAGGCCUGGAGGCUGCUGGAGGAGCAGCGUUAUGGAGUGGGGCGUCAAACCGCUGAGACCGCAGGUAUGGCACAGGAUGUUCUGCGGGUCUUCGCCACUUUUCAGGACUACAGAAAGGAGGUUGAUGUUUCCCACCUCCUUUAUGUGCAGGAGUGCAAGCUGAGAAAUCGGGACCACGGCCCCUCCCUCCCAGCGAGUUUGCGCUCUUUGAUCACUUCGUUGGUGCGCUCUAUGUGUCUCCGACCUUUGCCGACACACCCAACUGUAUUUCUCCCUGUAAACGAUAGAUCACACAGCAGUGUGGAGGAGCCCGCAGGGGAGUCUGCAGCGGAGACCACGUCGAUAGUUUCAUCACCAGGCCACGUAAGUCAGCAGGACCUGACGACACUUCCGUUUCUUGUGAAAAUUGCGCUGCUCUUUGUCUCAGAAGAUGGUCACGAAGAGGAUUGUAUGUGGAUAUACUUGCCGGAAAACGUUACAGUUGAUACCCCCGAAGAACGCUUGCCAUUUUGGUCUCCUGCUGCCGCGGAGUUACAGCCUCGUGCCUCAGGGCGGCGUCUCGUAAUGCGUUUCUUCGUCAUGACAGCGCCCAAGCAUCUGGUGGACCUGUCGCGCGACAACUACAACCCGCCGGUGGAGGUGAUACGACGUAUUCUUGGAGAGCUUUUGCGCGAGUGCCAGGGAAACUGCGAGGAGGGAAAGGGUAAGCAAUCGCUCUUCUUUUCUACGGAGUCUUCCGUCGCGGGGGUGAGCGCUUUGUCCAGACAAGCGUUGCCGUUCGACGAGCUGCCAGCGGCGGUCCAGCGAUUCUUUGACGUACUUGUGUUCGAUCUCACGAAGAGCGUCGCGCGUCAUUGUCUUUCGGAUUGCCUGCAAGCUGUACCCUUUCGUGUUCUGCGGCACCUUGUAAAGGGUGACGAGACUGACAACACAUGUGUCGCGUGCCCCGCUAACUCUAAAACUAAUGAAGACUUGGAGGAAGCUGAAGAUUUACAAGUAUUGGCGCAAAAGUCCCCAGAAGUGUUGCAUGCUGCCUCUGGCAUCACAGGACUUAUGGAGCUGUUAGCGUUUGCAGUUUCACCGGCUCUUCUUAGUGUACCCUGCUUCGAGGCGGAUUCAUUCGCCGUGGAAUUCACCCAGCAAUCGAAGUGCAGCUAUGCGGUAGAUCCCACACAUGCUCUUUUGCACGUUUUUACACGAUGCUUGGCCGAGGAUCUUGUUUGUGUUGUACCAGCAACUUCGUCGUGUUUCCUCUUUGUGCCCAAUAAGGACCAUUUCGACUCAGGGUGGUUGCUGUUGCAUGUGACCGCUGAAAAAUCUAGCACUUCCCAGCGGGUUUGCCUUUUGUUCAAUGAGCAUCAAGGGGACUCGAGUGUGUGCUUGUACCUCUGCAAGCACCUCCGACGAUCGAUUGAAGCAAAGGUGAGGGAGGUCAGUCAGUUACAUCUCCUAAAGCAGCUACGUGAUACCCAAAACGCGAAUAAUGAACUGAUCCCGCCCCUUUGGGGAGACCAAUUCUCUUCGCCUCAACCAGCCUCGCGGACGAAAAAGGAAUCUAUAGCUCCACCCCCUGCGGCUUUUUACUGCCGUGGUACUACUGUUCUGAAAAUUCCGAUAUACUACAAAUUACAACAUCAAUGCAAGAAAAUACUCUCCCGUAUUGCCAGCAAUGGACCCAGACUGGAACUAAUUAACAUCUACAAUAGGGAACAGUGCUUUGUGGUGGCAGAUGAUAUACAGCGGGACACGUUCCACUACAUCCGGCUUGUAUUUGUCAAGGAUACAGCACAUCCACCAUUGCUAACGGCACCGUCACCUUCACUCUCUCCGGCGGACCGAUGCCCUCUCUUGAUAGUGCAACUGUUCAGUGCAACGAAGAACGCCUUGGUGGAACGUCCUCUCCGCAAGCUGCAGGACUUUUGUUUCCUUUUAGCCAUACAAGAAUUACAAAGCCACUUGAACUACGUCCAACAUAAAUGUAUCUCCGCGGUGGACCUUAUGUUUCUGCAGCAUCAGCGCCUUGAUCAUGUCUGUAUUGACCUACAGGAAGUUGUUGGAGGCAGCAGCGAACCGCUGCACCCGACGUAUGUGCACCUCGCCUUUGCUCUUGUGGUGCUGGGCCUAAAGGAGAACAAAUUUAAGUAUUUUCAUGUACAAGAAGGAGGGAACCCUACCAUCAGCCACUUCAUGGAGCACUACGGCCUUCUAGACGAAGACGAGAGGGAUAGUACUGAAUCUUUCCCAAUUGGAGAGUCAUGCCCGCAUGAUACAUCCUCCUCCUCCUCUUGCUCCUCUUCACUUGUGCCAGCAACCCGUCUGCGCUUCGUGAAGGUGAUCGAGGGUCUGACAGAGGUUCUUGUAUCCUGCGUCCUCCGUGUCACAGAUGGAUCGCGAGUGGUAGUCGAUCGCUUCCUGACCAAGGUGCCAGAGGAACGCUACACAAUAGGCGAGUCGGAGACAAUAUACCUGACACAAAUUGAUGAGGUUGUGCGAGAUGCUGUUUUGCAGUGGCAGUUUUUUGUCAUGUCGAAACGUUUUUCCUCCUUGCCAUGCCACCAGGUCGUGCCUGCCGUGACCGAAUUGCUGAGGUACGGUUCUUGCGUCACGUCCACUGAGUCGUCUACGCUGCGGUUUAAGAACUUUUCGCUAGAGCGUGUCGCCGAGGCCGUGUUUCCUUUCCUGGUUGAGCGUCUCACUGGGAUCUUUGAACCCUUCUCGCCCGUAUGCUUUGAGUGCAGACCGGGUACCGGGCCAUCGCACCUUGCCGGCUUUCCAUGGCGGUGGGUUGAAAAACUACAGGGCGACCCCCAGGUGGAGCACGUCGAAUUCUAUCUCACGUGCGGGUACUGUAUCACGGUUGACGCUUCCAAGGCGGGGUUGAAUGACGAAGAAAAGAGGAAGGAUGCUGGGGCGGCUGCGGCAACGGCGACGCGUGCAUUGCGUGUGACACAUCCAGACCUUCCCAUCACAAAAAUAACUGUAUUGACACAGAGUCCACUUCUAAGGGAACACGGCAUCGAGGUGCAGAUAUCAACAGAACCCCAUGUUGUAAUGCACAUCUCUCUCUUAAGUGGUGUGACAGCUGCUCUCUUUAAUAUGCGUGACUCUGACAUACUGCUUCGCUUAAUGGGUCACAUUAUUGCGGAGGCGGAGCAACAGUCAAAUCUUCUACAUGACGUGAUGAUUCAACAAAUGGGUUUUGGCGCCCCUUCGUACUUAACAGAGCCGGUGUUGGCAAGAUUUUGUUGUGGUGACGACAGCAACGUGACACAGGGAAAACACCUAGAUAUUCACGAGGAGACAUACAGGCGGCGCGUCAACUACGUGCGGUUCCCCCUUCAAACCUCAGCUAGCGGUGACCCUUUCACCAUCAUUGUUGAGGGACUGUUCAACCGCGGUCUCAUCGUGAACGGUGUCCUCGUGGUGGACGAUGCUGUCAGGGUGCUUUACAACGAAUGCCCGCAGUACUCUUUGAAGGAAUGCCAGCGAAUCAUGCAAAAUCUAUUGUGUGAGGGUGUUUUUAGAAUGGAACACAACACAGGUAGGUGUCGUGUAGUCAACUCGAACGACAUUCCUGAUGAUGCUUUGAUUGGCUGCAGUUUCCGUCGGCACAUGCAGGUGGCUCACAUUCUUGUUGAAUCGAAGAACUCCAGAUCUGGUGUCGCCGAAUUUCUUCAACGGUGUGAAUCCCUCUGGAAUUCUUCGUCACGUGAAAAUUACGUUCAUCUGGCCAAGUCUGUGGUCUUUCUCCAACGUCGCAGCAAACAGAUAUUUGGCUCCCGUGUGCCUGACUUUACCCUUCUCCGCCGCACACGGUGGCGCCCCUCCGACGACAUACUUGACCCAUCACUGCCACCAAGAAAUCAACCAGGUUCUGAAUACUGCCCGUCCGUAGACGCUGCCUUGCAGUCGUAUGUGCAACACCUUCGACAAACAUUUCCUUCUGCACGCAUCAUUGACUUGGACGCCAGUAACGCUGCAAUAUCUUCCGAUGCAGCGUUGCUCCAUCGUUUACGGUGCCGGUAUGGCAAAGUUGUCUCUCCGGAAGGAAAGGAGAUUCGUUUCAUUCCUCACUUGUAUUACGCGCUGAUUCCAGUCAUAGAUGUCCUGAAUUCAAUGGGAUGGAGGGACCCGGAACAUACCUCAACAACUUCGCUCACUGAUGGCGGAUUGUUCAUCGUGGAAAUUGGUUUCCAGGUUGCCCACUUCGCCCUUGAUGUCUUUAUGGUAAAGGGCGUGUUGAUUUCUACAAGCACGGCUGCUCAGGCUGCCGCGUGGUUCAAACAAGUCUUGAAGUUCAACAGCGUGCUGUAUGACUUGACAGUCAGUCGGUUAUCGCGGUGCGUACAGAUGUACGCAACGUUUCUGCCUGGUCAUCGGCAGACCUCCGAUGCUCUCGAAAAUCUCGUAAAGUAUUACCCACACCCUCCGUACGAGAGCCUUAACAUUGCUGCGGUUUUCGAUGUGGAUGAGACAUACCUGCGCCGAAUGCGAAAAUUGUUGACUGCAAAGCAGAAUGAAGGCCCAGAUGGCAGCGGUGUGAGGCUACUUAUACCUGACCAAGGUGAGGUACUUCUGCGGGAAGCUUCGCGCGAAAGGUACCACUACUGCGGGCUCGUGGUAUGGUCAUCAUUGCGCUUGUUCGUCCUACUUUCAACUCUCCGUGACACAACCGGGUGUGACCGCUGUCUGAGCGGUGAUCUUCGCAGUCUUGCCCUUCGAGCUAAGGAUCUACUACUACAGCUGCUUAUGGACAGCACACUUCAGCAGCGUGUGAAUUCUGCAUGGGAGCGAUUUCGCACUCCGUUCACCGAGAACGGCGAAAAUGUGGGUGUUGCGGAUUGGGGACCUGCUACGCAUGAUUUACAGACCCUAAAAACACGGUGUAUUCGAAUACCUCUCACAACAUUGGUCGAACCGUUCCAGCAGCUUCGGCUGGACUGGAGGAGAGUGCUAGAGGGACAAUACCGCUCCAUUUCUACCGCCUGUAUGCCUAAAUAUGCCCUUCAUCUCAUCACAGAUGAUUCAAGUGAUCACGAAGGUGAAGAUUCUAACCAAACCACCGGAACUGUUGCUUUAACGUUGACAAUGUGCAAGUCGACGCGUGUGUGCUUCGUCGUUGUGGAGUUUUACUGUGGGAAAUACGGAGCCAUCAAGAGUGCGGCAUUCAACCGCGGCAUGAGCGAACGGGACAGUACCGCCAGACUUCAGGAGGAGGCGGAGGCGGAGGAGGAGGAGGAGGAGGCUGAACUGGCGGAGCAGAUGCUGAAGGUUCUCUCAAGUGUAUUGUGGGGUGCGGUCGGACAUUGA